AUGCUGGCCAAAGUCAUAUCAGUCGCUCUUGCUGCUUGUGCACUGGUGUACGGUGCACCAGCUGUCCUUGACAAACGUCUAUCAGCAGCCGGCAAUCCCGUUGUCAUCGACGGAGCCGGGAUCUAUAUCCGGGCCAACCGCAUGAACGACGGCAGCAUCAUCGCAGGCUACGCAUCAGGUGAGGGAUCUCAGAAAGUCCUCGAGACAGCCAGGUCAACCAACAGCGGCCAGUCGUGGACUCAUCUCGGCGAGGUCUUCCGAGCGGACUACGCUACCGUCGACCUCGACAACGCCAUGCCGAUACAACUUCCCAGUGGUCGUGUCCUAUACGCAUACCGCAACCACGAUAAGAGCAGUAGUGGCGCAUAUACCUAUUACCGGAUCACCGUCUCCUACUCGGACGACGGAGGCAAGACGUUCCAGUUCUUGUCUGCCGUCGAGCAGCGUGCGGCUUCUGGCGUCAACGGGCUGUGGGAGCCGUUCCUGCGACUGGCGAACGACGGGAGUCUUCAGUGUUACUACUCGUCCGAGAAUAGUGCAACCGACCAGGAUAAUCUCAUGAAGCGCUCGACCGACGAUGGGGCGACUUGGUCGAGCGCAACGACCGUGUCUAAUGGGAAGACGUCCCGCGACGGCAUGGUCGGUGUCGGGCCUAUCAAUAGCGGGAAACUCAUUGCUGUAUUCGAGAACACCGAAGACGGACCCUACUCGAUCGACUACGUGACCUCGACGAACGACGGGUCAAGCUGGGGUGGGCGGACGAGGCUCUACACAGCCCGCAACGGCCAAAAUGCCGGAGCGCCACAGGUCAUCAACGUGGGUGGCACGCUGGUAGUCAGCUUCAUGACGAACGAAGAUGUCGCGGGCACCAACGGUAUCGACGGGGCUCAGAUGAAGGUCGUGACCAGCACGAAUGGCGGGAGCAGCUGGAGCGCGAGUGUGGUGACGGGCCAGGCUGCUUCGCACUGGCCUGGUCUUUUCGACCUUGACUCUACUCAUUUUCUUGCGCUGUAUUCGAAGGAUGGCCUUGGUGCAGUGAGCCAGACGUAUACGCUGUAG